AUGGAGAGCUACAGAGAUCUGAUCAACAACAACAAGGUUGUCUUGGAUGACAGAAACUAUGGGUUCUGGAAGUCGAGGAUCAAAUCUAUCAUCGGAGGUAUUGAUCGUCUUGCUUGGAAGACUGUUCUGGAAAAGUGGGAGGAACCGACAAUCAAAGAUGAAUCAGGCAAGAAAAUUCCCAAACCUGAAUCAGACUGGACCGAUGAAGAACAAAAGAGAUCAAAGUUCAACUCAAGAGCAUUAAGCGCCAUUCAUUGUAGUGUUGGAAGAAAACAGUUGGAAUUGAUUCAAGGAUGUGAAACUGCUAAAGAGGCAUGUGAUAUCCUUCAAAUUCAUUAUGAAGGAACAACAAAAGUACAGAGUUCGAGAAAAGAUAUGUUGGCCUCUAGAUUUGAGAAUCUAAGGAUGGAGGAGCAUGAAUCAAUUUCAGACUUUAGUUCAAAGUUGAGUGGUCUAGCACAAGAAGCCUUAACUCUUGGGAAAACUUAUAAGGAUCAGAAGUUAGUCAAAAAGUUUUUAAGAUGUCUUCCAUCAAGAUUAAUGGGAUACAAGACAGCCUUAACUGUCUCUCAAGACUUAGACAAUCUCAGUUAUGGUGAAGUGGUCGGAAUGCUACAGGCACACGAGAUGGAACUUAAUGGAAUUAAGAAACCAAGAGGAAUAGCUCUAGCAGUUAGCAAAGACGUAACUGACCAAGGAGAAGAAGAUUUUGUGAGCCUGUUGGUAAGAAGGUUUGAUCGAGCUUUAAGAAGAAUAGAACAAGGUCAAGGUCAAAGGAAAGGUAACUCAUUCAAAAAGACAAGUGAGGACAAAAAGGCUGAUAUGCAGUGUCAUGAAUGUAAGGGAUAUGGUCAUUUUAUUCGAGAGUGUCCGACAAUCAAGUUGCGAUAUGCCAAGUGCACAAUUUUUAAAGGUACGGGACAUACACAUGAAGAGUGUGUGAGUAACCCUAAUGCUAAGAAAGAAAAAUAUAUGAUUAGCAUUGAGGAUGAAUCAGACAAUGACAGCAACAGUGAAGAAGAGCUCAUUAAUUUAGUGGCUAUGGUAGGAAUCACUGAAUUUGAGAAUGGGGAAGAGGUAACUGAUUCAGACUCAGAAGGAGAAGAAGUUCUUGACAUUGUUCAGAGUUACAAAGAAGUGCGAAAAACACUUAGUACUCUUGGAAAGGAAAAUCAAGGGUUGGUGAAAGAAAAAUUUCAUCUAGAAGCACUUGUUAUGUCCUUGCAAGAUGAAUUGAUGAAUGAAAAACGGAUUGCUAAGGAUUCGCUUGAUUUGAUGAAAGAGAAGUUGGUUCUAUCAGCAAAAGCAGACAAGUUUGAAGAAGAGCUGCUUAAUGAAAAGAAAAAACCCGCAGAACUACAAUCUGAAUUAGAUCAGCAAUAUAGGAAGAUUCACAUGUUCGCAGGCACAAAGCAACUUGACAAGAUUUUGAGCUAUGGGAGAACUGAGUAUACUCAUAGAGGAUUAGGCUAUAAUGAGGACAAGGGAGCUAAAUCACAGACAACUAAAUUUGUGUCGGCUGAAGCAUAUCAAUCUGAGAAGGAGACAUCUACGCGUAUUUCUAACGGGUCUUUAAGCUGUUAUUUUUGUGGGAAAAUCGGUCACUUCAAACGGUUUUGUUAUAAGUAUUGGCAGAAGGUCUGUACUUUAAAGCGCCAAGGAAGAUUCUUUUGGAAUGGAGUUAGAAGACAGGUUUGGAUGAAGAAAGCUGACCUAUAUCAGUCAGGGUCAAGUGUAGCUUCUGGAUCAGGAUUUAGAUGCAAUAUCGCCAUGAUUACUGAAGAACAAGAAGAUACGGAACCUUGGUUCUUCGAUAGCGGUUGCUCAAGACACAUGACUGGAACCAAAAGUAAUUUACAGAAUAUUAAGAAAUUGAAGGGAGGUACAGUAACAUUUAGAGAUGGAAGUCAUGGGUUCAUACAAGGCAAAGGUACAACAUGUGAUACAGAACUUCCACAGCUUGUGAAUGUCUAUCUAGUUCAAGGAUUACGUGCAAAUCUGAUAAGUAUUAGUCAACUCUGUGACGAAGGAUUGUCAGUCUUAUUCACAAAGGUCGAUUGGAAAGCAUUGGAUGAAUCAGUUCAAGGAUUACGUGCAAAUCUGAUAAGUAUUAGUCAACUCUGUGACGAAGGAUUGUCAGUCUUAUUCACAAAGGUCGAUUGGAAAGCAUUGGAUGAAUCAGGUAAUAUCAAGUUAUAUGGUGUGAGAUCUGGAAAUAAUUGUUACAUGUGGGAGAAACAUUCAAUCAAAUGCUACAGUGCUCAAGGCAGUAUAGAUCUCUGGCAUCAACGACUUGGUCAUAUGAAUACAAGAAAUCUUACUACUCUUGGAAAACAAGUCAAGAUUCAGCACAAAAAGGUUCAAGAUGUUCAAUCAAAGUCAGUUCUGGAUCUGAUUCACAUGGAUUUGAUGGGACCAAUGCAAGUGGAAAGCUUAGCUGGAAAGAAGUAUGUGUUUGUACUAGUUGAUGAUUACUCCAUAUACACUUGGGUACGUUUUAUCCGUGAGAAGUCAAAUACAAUAGACAGUUUCAAGAUCUUAGCUUUACAACUACUUAAUGAACGUGGAGGCAUCAAGAAAAUUCGGAGUGAUCAUGGUGGAGAGUUUCAAAACAAAGCUAUAAAAGAGUUUUGUGAACAACAUGGGAUUGCACAUCAGUUCUCAGCACCAAGAACUCUUCAGGAAAUGGCAAGAGCAAUGAUACAUGGAAACCUUGUUCCUAAAAAGUUUUGGGCUGAAGCUUUGAACACUGCUUGUUAUAUAAUUAAUAGAGUCUAUGUACGAAGAGAUACGAUCAAGACGCCUUAUGAGCUGUGGAAAGGCAAAACACCAAAUCUGAGCUAUUUCCAUGUUUUUGGGUGCAAAUGCUACAUUUUAAAUAACCAAGAUUAUCUUGGUAAAUUCGAUUCCAGAAGUGAUGAAGGCAUGUUUUUGGGUUAUGCGGAGAGUAGCACAGCGUUUAGAGUGUACAACAGACGUACAAGCUUAAUCAUGGAAUCAGUAAAUGUGGUUUUUGAUGAUUAG